AUGUCGGCCAUGUCAAACAUGCUUGGUAUGUACGGGCAAAAUCACGGUGCUGCUGUGUCCAACAUCGACUACCCGCAAGACGAUGGAUGGCCAGUCGGAUUGGUUCCGAUACCUAUUCACACAGUUGAUGACGACACUGACUAUGUUGUGAACACUGAUUCUGUUUGUAAUCGCCGAGAAAUUUUAUGGAAAAUGGCGAAAAACUCUUCGAAGCUUCAAGCGUCGGCUGCCUUGUUUGCAAAUCUGAGCGAACUUUGUGGUGAACCUAUCGGUAUCGACAACUUUUGGACAGUACGUGACGCUCUGAUGAUCGAGAACAAAGCUUUGAGAGAAGUGAACAAGUGGUUCAGCGAUGAUCUUUUCAAUAGAAUGACUGUUGUGCAUAAUCAAAUCGAUGCUUAUGAAAACGGCGUAUUCAAUGAAACUCUAAUGAUAAAUAAUCUUGACGUCGGAAGCGAAAUACAGAAAAUUCGUGGCGGAUCAAUGUUUAAUGAACUCUAUAUGAGGAUGGUUUCCAAACUGCGUUGUAUGAAUAGCAACAGUCAUGACUGCAAAUGGAUAAACGGCUUGAAGUAUUAUGCCUACUCAGCGCAUGACACCACGAUUUAUGCCUUCUUUGUCAUAAUGGGUAUCCAAGACAAAGUUAUCCAUCCAAACGGCUACCAGCCUACUCAGCUGCUACUUUUAUUGAGUUAUGGAGAAAUCGCAGCGAUAAUGAGCCCUACUUCA